CCAAAAGAAAAUGAUGUCUACCAAUGAACCAGCCAGCAUCAGCAUAGAAUAUUUUUUAACUACUGAUGAGUAUGCUUAUGAAUAUGAACCAUGCAUCAAAGAUGGAGUAAGGAGUUUUGGAUCAUUGUUCCUUCCCACUCUUUACUCACUGGUCUUCUUGCUUGGUUUGACUGGCAAUACUCUUGUUGUCUUGGUAUUAUUGAAGUACAAGAGGCUGAAAAGCAUGACAGAUAUUUACGUACUCAAUCUUGCCAUCUCUGAUUUGCUCUUUGUUCUUGGUCUUCCUUUUUGGUCUUACUUCAUGGCUGAUAGAUGGAUAUUUGGAGAUACUUUGUGUAAAGUAAGCUCUUGGAUCUUCCAGAUUGGAUUUUUCAGUGGAAUCUUUUUUAUCAUGUUCAUGAGUAUUGAUAGGUAUCUUGCCAUUGUUCAUGUUGCAUUUUCACUGAAAGCAAGAACUACCACCUAUGGCACUCUUACUAGUCUUAUUGUAUGGCUAGUAGCCAUCAAUGUUUCUGUUCCAGAACUCAUAUUUAGCUCAUCAGUAAAUGACUAUAAUCGUACUGAAUGCAAAUUAGUGUACUUUAAGAAUAGCACAGCAUGGAAACUCUUUGCUUGUAUGGAAAUCAACAUAUUAGGCCUCAUUGUACCCUGCAUCAUCAUUUCCUUUUGUUAUGCAAGAAUAGUUUUGACCUUGCUGCGCUGCAGAAAUAACAAAAAAAAGAAGGCAGUAAAGAUGAUCUUCAUUGUGGUGGUCAUGUUUUUUAUGUAUUGGACACCUUACAAUAUUAUACUUUUUCUAAAAAGUUUGGAUGAUAUGGGUAUUCUUGAGCAAUGUGAAAUCAGCAAAAACUUGGACUAUGCAGAACAGGUGACUCAAAUCCUAACAUAUUUUCACUGCUGUUUGAAUCCAAUCAUCUAUUUCUUUAUGGGACAAAAAUUCAAGUUAUACAUCAAGCUGUUCUUCAAAAACUGUGUCUUUUCAAAACUGUGUCUUUGUAAAUCCUGUGGAGUCCACGAAUCUUUCUAUUCUGAGUCAUCAGGUUUAGGUUAUACUCAAUCCACUAGUGAUGAAGAGACCUUCUGAAAAAACCUGACACACCUGAAGUUGAACCAACACAACAGAACAAUAAGAACUAUGAUAUGCUGACAAAUAAACAUGGCUUCAAGUAAACUUUUAAUAUGGAAAAAGAAAAGCAGCCAACCCAACUUGGAAACAUAAUUUUUCAUUGAACAUAGCAGCUAUAAAUCCCAAUAUAUGUCAAUUUGCAAUUCAGUCCUUUCUAGUUUUGGCAUUAGGAUACUUGUUUGACAUAUCUUUUGCUAUCUAGGAAGUAUUUUUCUCUUUUCAGAAUUAAAACAGCUUCAAAUCAACUCUGCAGUUCACUCUGCAGGCAGUAGACAAACUUGGAAAGGUCAGCUUGCACAUCUCAAAGUCAACUGAAUGUUCCCAAGAUUUUUCAAAGGGGUAUGUCAGUUGUAUGAGCAGAAUUAUGAUUUUAAGUGAACUUGCUAUCUCCCUUUAGAUGUGUUUUCAAAGGCAGUUUUCAUAAACCCCAGCCAAAUAAAUAAGUCUCAGAGAAAGUUAUGGAUCAUUUGCUAUCGCUAACACCCUUUCAUCUCAGCAUAGCUAGUACAGAUAAGGGUCAGAAGUCUUUCUCUCCUUCUUACCCUACUUCCCACAAUCCCUUGUAAUAGGACGAUAUCUUAAUUUUUUGCAAACAACUUGUAGAGUCUACCAUAAGUUAUAGUUUAUACCUGUUGAACUUAUAUUAGAAACUGCACUUAUCUGAAAGCAGAAAAACAUAUUCAGGGAAUUAGAUUUACUCUAGUAUUCUCAACUAUUUAUAUGUUUUUAUAACAUGUAGCUACAUUUCACAAAUUGUAGGCCAUGAUCCUUUCAUGAGAGUACUGUAUGGAUGCCUUACUGAACUGAAAUGAACUUUACAGACAUAUCACAGUAUUAUAUUUAUGACUGCUCCAAGUUACCGCAUUAUAUAUGCAGAAGAACCUGGGUCAUAAUGGUCACUUUCAUCUUCUCCUGUUAACAGGAACACUGGACCCCUUCUAUCCUAUUCACAGAUACGCUAUGAUUAUGCAAGUUUCAUUAUUUCAAUGUCAAACACAUGACCUCACAAGGUGACUCAUAUUUUCAGAUGAGUAUGAAGAUUUUAAGUUAGUUUUAGUUUUUAAUAAUCAUUUAAUGGGAAGCCAUUUCAACUAAUAAUACCAAUA